AUGGGAAUUAUUUUUUCAAGCAAGAUUAGACAAAUUUGUUCGCCCUAUGACGAACCAUCUGCGAGAGUUAUCAUUGUUGGCCUUGACUCAGCCGGUAAAACAACAUUAGUGCGAAGAUUUAAAAAUAUAGUUGAUCUCCAACUUGAUACACAUGCAUCUUAUAUUGAACAUAUUGUAACCGAACCAACAUUUGUCUAUGAAAUCGAAACAGUCUAUCCACGUCUUUCUCCAUUAGCGCUAAAUCUAUGGGAUUUAGGUGGAGAAGAAAAAACAAGAGAGCUAUGGAGAUUCUAUCUAACUGGCAUUCAAGGUGUGGUGUUUGUUAUUGAUUGUCAUGAUGGUCAACGAAUACAACUUGCUCGAAAAGAGCUUUUAGAUCUAUCUAAGAAAUUAGAUGGAUUCUAUUCGAUUCCAAUUGUUAUUGCUGCAAAUAAACAAGAUCUACCGCAAGCAUUAAGAAAAGAAGAACUGCUAGCGCAAUUAUCGUUAGGAAAAACACGAACAGAACAAUGGAAAGUAUUUGAAAUGAGCGCACAUACAGGAGGUGGUGUGAUGGAAAUGUUUUCCUAUCUAUCACAAGUGAUUCAUAGAAAAUCGUGA